UUAGCUAAGGCUCGGUGCGCGGUUCACUACGGGCCAUUGUGUGCGGCUGCUGUUUUGUCUGCUGGUAGCGUGGUGUGCGUUCGUGCGUCUUGGCCAGCGCAUUGUUGGCGCACAGAAAGAAAUACGUGUGUUUUUGUAUUGUUUCGAUAUCAAGCGUUUCUACUUUCUCUACAAUAAUUUUGAUACGACUGCGGCAUUAUGUCUGUGAACAUGAUCGAGUCGGGAUUCUCGAGUGAGGAGGUGCUCAAUGUCCGUUUUCCUCUUCACCGGGCGUGCAGAGACGGGGACGUCGUCGCCUUGUGCUCCUUGCUCCAGCGCACCACGAACCAGGCGGACCUCGACACUGAGGACUCUUUCUACGGCUGGACUCCAAUUCACUGGGCGGCUCAUUUCGGGAAGCUGGAGUGUGUGAUGCGUCUGGUGCAGGUGGGCAGUGGCGUGAAUGCCGUGACAACGAGGUUUGCCCAGACUCCCACCCACAUCGCUGCCUUUGGAGGUCACCCUGAGUGCCUGCUGUGGCUGCUGCAAGCCGGGGCCGACGUCAACAGACAGGACUAUGUCGGUGAGACUCCUAUCCACAAGGCAGCCCGGGCUGGCAGCAUUGAGUGCAUAAAAGUCCUCCUGAUGCAAGGAGCCAGAGCUGACCUGAGAAACGCCAGUGGGCUCACCGCAGCUGACCUGGCCCAUACCCAGGGCUUCCAGGAGUGUGCCCAACUCCUCUCUAACGUGCAGAACCAGCUCAAUGAAUUCUGCCCCAAUGGGGCCCCAAAUGGGCACCACCCACAAACCCGAGCGCCAAGCCUCUUCAAUGGGGCACCAAACAGAAAGAGGUCACUUGAGUGCAUGGAGUCCGGUCACAUCAAGAAGGCCAGAUCGGAUGGCCCGGACUCGCCCAUGAAGAUUUUUGGAAGCGUGGGAGAGGAGCUGGAGAGCAUGCACAUGGAGUCGUCCGCAGCAUUCAGUUCAGGUGACCUAUUAGUUUUAGGCCUGAGGAACGGUCACAUGCCUGAGAAGACUUUGGUGACCAAUGGAUUUUCCGCUAACGGAUCGUGCCCCCAACCACACCUCAAUGGAGAGCAGGCCUUGCUGGCCAAUGGCUUCUCAGGUUCAUGGGGGGUGAUGGCUUCCCACACUGCUGAAAACGGGUCCCCUACACGGUUUCCCGAGCAAGGGUUAGGAGCUGGGGUCAGCAGCACCCCGGCAGACAUGUGUGGUUCCCUGCACCUUGGCGACAGCCCCAGUGGCUGUGUUUCCCAGAGACCCCUGGAGCACACCGACCCGAGAGACAGCCUGCACUAUGGACACUACCACGGCUUUGGGGACACGGCCGAGAACAUCGAGGAAGUCAGCAGCCAGGUGGAACACGUUACGUCGAUCAAGGCCGAGCAGCGGUACAAACACACCGUGCUGAGCACCAUGCACCUCUACCACGGCUCAUAAAGCGUUGUGCGUCCACAAGGCAGUCCGUCCGUGAUGCUGGUGGCCAGCACCCACCAGUCAGGCACCAAAUGGUUACCACUUCUUGUGGGAAAUGUCCUGGUUUUCUGUUUUUUUUUUUUCUUUCCCAAUAACUGUCAGUGCGCUUAGCACAUGUGUUAAAAUAAAAAAAGUAAAAAAACGAAGGUAUACUAAAGGGAAAAUUGUUUGCAUUUACAUAAGAUACUAAUAGUCGUACAAUGAGUUUUUCUGCGUAGAGCUUUGUUCCUGUGUGCUGAUUUUUGAAGUGCUGAAAGUGUAGAGAACUGAAAACAUGAAAAGGGUGAAUCUGCUUUGGAUAAUUGUUUUAACUUUAACGGAAGUGACUGAUGACCUUUUUUUUUUUUUAGUUUGAAAGUGAUAACUUGUGUAUCCGUAUGGAUGUGUAGUGUAUUUGUGCCAAUGCUGAACUGACUGAACGUGGCACCAGCAUUUCUGGUAGGUAUAAAUGAAUCAGUACUGACUUCCUUUUUUAUACUUGUUCAGUUAGCAUUCUAACCAUUUGAAACAGACUAUGAUGAUGCCUGGUUAAUUUUGUUUUGCUAUAAUUCUGUAUUUACCUGAUCACAAUAAAUAUGAUGGUCAAGGAA